AGCACUGUUCAGUGUUGAAUGAGUAAUUUCAGUGUCGUCUAAAGAAAUAAAUUCUGCGAUUGUAUUUUCUGCAUAAACGAGAAAAAACCUUUGUAUUUCAAUCAUGACUAUGGCAAUACUGCAACGGAAGUCUAACGUAAUUGUGAGGUUACCUCCAGAGGUGAAUAGAGUACUGUAUAUAAGAAAUUUGCCCUAUAAAAUUACGGCCGAAGAAAUGUACGAUAUCUUUGGAAAAUAUGGAGCCAUUAGGCAAAUCAGAGUGGGUAAUACAGCAGAAACUAGAGGUACAGCUUUUGUUGUUUACGAAGACAUAUUUGAUGCAAAGAAUGCAUGCGAUCAUUUGAGUGGCUUUAACGUUUGCAAUCGCUACCUGGUAGUUUUAUACUAUCAAAGCAAUAAAGCAUUUAAACGAGUUGAUGUGGAUAAGAAGAUGGAGGAAAUAGAUAAAUUAAAAACAAAGUACAAUCUGAAUGAAGAAAAAAAAUAAUAACAUAAUUCUUUAAAUUAAGCUAAGUGUAAGCAUAAGUUUAAGUAACUUUCCAAUUAGUGUUUAAGCAGUAUUUGAGUCUGGAAGAGUUCUUUUAAAUAUUAUCUUAUUGUUGUAAUUCAUUCCCCAAAUCAAACAAUCCUGCUCUGUAACAAUUGUUGUAGGUUUUAAAACAAUUAAAAUCUUAAGUAUUUUUUGUGUGACUAUGAAUAUGUAAAUAAGGUGUGAUAACUUUGUAUAUAUAGAAUAUACACAAUUUUUAAUCAAGAAAA